AUGAAGCUGUUGGACAUUGUCUUCACAGGCCUGAUAUGCUGCAAUGCAUUCUGGGCAGUCUCCUGUGCCUCUGAGGCUGGCGAUCCUCCUGUUCCAUCUGGUUCUUCUGUGUGUGACUCCAAGUUGGUGUUCUCCUCAAAGGACUCCUCCUCCUCCUCCUCCUCAAGAGGAAACAAUGACAUCAACCGCAGGUCUUUGUCUCCAUGGAGCUGGAGAACAUCCACGGACAAGAACCGGAUCCCAUUAACCCUGUGGGAGGCUGAGUGCAACGGCAGCUUCUGUUCCCGUCCAAACCCCCAACACAAGGAUGGACUGAGUCUGAACUCAGUCCCCAUCUAUCAGAACAUACUGAUCCUGACACGUAACGAUUCAAGUCCAUGCUUCACUGCCUCCUACCGCUCUGUGGCAGUUGGUUGUACCUGUGUCUGGGCUAAAAUCAUCCAGAACUGAAUUGGCUGUAAUGGAAUUAGCUGAACCACACAUCAUUCAUUUUCACCC